AUGACUUUUAAUUCUAUCAAAGAUUUGAAUAAUGAAACUAUGGAAACUGAGCUUAACAAUUCAUAUGACUUUGAAUUAAAAAUCUUGAAAUGUAAUAGGAGACUUGAAAAGAUUCAAAAAUAUAUUAAAGAGAAAUCUCUAAGGAAAAAGCAGUUAAUAAAUAAAAUUAAAAGUCCUGAACCAAAGAAUAUGGUUAAGUUUGACAAAUACUCUCGGGAAAUUUCAGAUAGUUCUUGUGAUGAAGGUCUUGUUGAAGAAUUACUUACAAAGUACACUGAACAAUCUUUAAACAACAUUAUCAAUUGUAAUCCAAAUAUUUAUGGAGAUAAUAAUAUUUUAUGUAAACAUAAUAAGCUCUUGAAUUCUUUAGGAAAGAGCUUUGAAGAUAAUCAGAACUGUAUCAUAGACUGCUGUGGAAAUGUGGAGAUAAACAACUGCAAUACAUCAUAUAGAGAUAAUAUUCCAUGUCAAUAUAUUAAAAGUGAAGAAUGUGACAUGAAAUCUCCUUGUAUACAAAAUAAAAUAUUUAAUUUUAAAGUAGAUAACUUAGAAAAACUUCAGUCUAUACAAGACCAAUAUUGUACUAAUUUAUUAUGUCCUAAAGGAAAGGAUCUAGUCAAACCAUGUGAAGUAUGUUUAGAAGAUAUAGAAAAAGUUCAUAGAUGCAAAUGCAAAUUUGAUAAUAUAAGAAAUAGUUCAGCUAGAACAAUAGAUAAUUUGGAAUUUAAAGAUAUUAAAGAUUCUAAUAACUGUAAAGAUUCAAUGAUUUCAAAAUCAACUUUGACGAAUUACAGAGUUUUUUCAGAUAAGCUUUCAGAGAUAGUUCCUGAAUAUAAGUUAUUCUGUUGGAAUAAUCAUCUCUUUAGGAAAGAUAAUACUAAAGAAAUCAAUUUUGAUAAAAAAUAUAAUGAGGCUGAGUAUAUUCUACUUUCUUUGUCUAUAAAUCCUCCAUUUGGAAUUAAUAGUGAAGAUAGUUCACUUUUACCUCAUUUAUGUAGUGAUAGAGAAGUUGAUGCACUAAUAAAAUUUUUGGACCUGAAGUCAAUCCCCAAUGUUGGGAAAUUAUAUUGUUACUUUGCAAGGAAAAGAUUAAUAAGAUCAAUUAGAUUAAUGAGCAAAGAUGAAAAUAUAAGCCCAACAAUUAAAAUGUGUAUUUAUAUCGAUGAACCGGAAAAUUUAAUGCUCUAUACUAUUGGCUCAGCACCAGUUGCUACUAAACAGUCUUUCAACUUUAUUCUCAGAAAUUAUAUUACAAAAAUUAGAAUAUCAAGAUUUCUGGUUUGUUUAAUUCUUGUAUACCCAUUUGAUUUAUACAAGGAUAUCAUUACAUUAACUACUACAGAUAGAGUUUUACCUAUUUAUUUAGUAGAAUUAACCUGA